ACUGAUGUCAUGCACGUCAAAAAACAAGCAUCAGGAACCUUUAUACGGAUGAUGACAGCAUCUCGAAAUCUUCUGCGUUCUAAGAUUUAGCUUAUCCGACUCAAAGAAAACAAAUUGUUGUGUUGUUUUUCAGAAGUACUGCAAUGGCAGAAAAUUGGUUGCUUGUGCUCAUGAUAGCAUUUUUAUUUCCACAAAUCAGGAAGCCAAACACUCUUUGGUUUGUUAAAGCAGCAGGCACUGAUGACCAAUCGAUUAUUUCGACAGAUGUUGAUGCAAAGGUUGUCUUGCGUCCCCCAACAAACAUCACAUUACGCUUGUUGGGACCUAAGGAAGCUGUUAUAACAUGGAGCCCCCCUAGCAUCUACACGCCUCAUGAUGUUGACAUCUCACAGGAUGAAGAACUUCCAAGUACCAAUGUUCCAACUCUAACCCAUCUGACCCUUCCAAUAAUCUGACCACUAAAGCAGCAGACCCUUUGGAGCAGACUACUGUCAGAGAUGAAGGAAAGCGUGUAAAUGAAUCAAGAGCAAGCUCUGUCAAUGACGAUAGUGAUGACAUAAAUGCUGUAUGCCAUCCACUGCGAUACUUCUUCAACUACACUGUGUACCAAAACGGCACAGAUCAAAAGAAUAGAGAGCCAAAAUGGAUUACAAUGGGUGAUAUUUAUAAGAAAGAAAAUAUCACUUCACAGUCUGGUGAAAAAGUAGUGUCAUUUGGUCUGGGAUGUGUUAGAGAAUAUCUUGUUGUAUAUUCACAGAAUCAGUCAGAUCCAACGCAAGCAAUGGUUCAAGUAAAUGCAAGUGAUGAACCUGAAGUGUACUUGAAGAAUCUGUCACCUGGAACAAAGUACUACCUGUAUAUCACAGCUGUAUUUGUGUCCAAUGACACACUUAAUUCUACAAUGAUUACCUUCUCUACAAAGCAAGAGUCUUUCCAGAAAACAUGCACUUGUGAUUUUCAUGGAACACAGCCUAGCAGGAGGGGAAGUCUUGCUUGCAGUGACAAUGCAACUCAACUUUGUGAAUGCCGUAAUGGCUACAUGGGUCAGUUUUGUGAAAUGUGUGCACCUGGGUUUUAUCGCACAGCACCUUAUUUUCCAUGUCACCGCUGCCCUUGCUCUGCAAUUGCUGCACAAGAUCAAACAUGCAAAUUUCGUGAAGGUUUCUUGACGUGCAGCAAGUGUAAAGAAGGUUACUCUGGCAACAUCUGCCAUAUGUGUGCUUAUGGUUAUUACCGCUACAACAACCACUGCGUAGCGUGCAACUGUCAUGGCAAUGCUGACCCUGACAGCCCUUAUAUGUGUGAUGUUAUUACAGGAGCAUGCACAAAAUGUAUGCAUAACACCAGUGGCAUGAAAUGCGAUGAGUGCAAAAAGGGCUACGUUGGUGAUCCAUUUGUGUUCAAGAAUUGCACUCUCAGAGUUCUGAAAAUAUCAACAUUAUUUGAGUCAAUACCUGAGGGAGUCAUUGCGGGCAUUUGCGUGGGAGUCAUUCUACUGCUCAGUGUUAUCGUUGGUUGUAUUGUCUACCUGCGGUGGAACAAGAAUCCACAGAAUCGACCAUUCUGGACUGUGGAGCUGAAAGAUGACCACGAGGGUGUUAAUUUUAACACUGUCCCUAACAACUGUGAUGACGAGGUGCAGGUGGUGGGCACAAAAGUGACAAUGGAGGACUUGGAGUUCUAUGAAAAACAGAGCGGCAGUGGUCAUUCACGCGGCAGUGGAUAUGCCAGACUGCAGGAAAACGUGUAAAUGAGAAAACCCAUUUACAGUAAAGGACUUCAUUGAUCUAUCACUUCAUCUCUUUCUGCUGUGAGCAUUUGCUGCUGUUCAUGUUUCAACAGACAUGGAGCUUCCUCCUAAAAUGCCAUAUAUUGAGUUGAAUCUUGUAUUACCGUCCUAGGUUUCGAGCGUGAAAGGAAAAAAGAAAAAUUGCUAUAACUUUGUGUCAUUUUGAUUUUUUUUUUCUAAAGGAGGAUAAGGCAUUAUGCUAUGGUCAUAUGAUUAAAGAGUGGGUACUGUCUGUUUGGAUUGGCCUAUAUGGUGCCAAGCAAUAGAUUUGUGAGAUUUUCCGAAGCUGAGUAUGCUACGGCCAUUCCCUUCAGAAAAGUUGCAUUUAACUGUCCACACAGUCUCUAUUGUAUUUCGUUGUUGGCUCAUAUUUUCCACAAGAGAAUAGAGCCUGUCAGUGAUGUCACAUAAACAGAAGCAGAUGGACAUCUGCAAAUUGGAUGCAGCAUAUUUUAAUUCAGACAUGACUCUUCAGGGACAUAAUAUAGAAUAGAGGAAGCAUGUUGCCCAUAUAAUGUUUCUUCUCUCCUAGGAGGAAUAAGUUUUUGUUUGUGUGCCUGAAUGUUUUCUGUAGAAAUCCAAAUGUUUCACCACUACCAAAACUCCAGGGCAUGGUCAUUUGUCAAAUGUGUAUGUUUAUGAUUCAUCCUCAGUAGGUAUGGUUCCCCCUAAAUUUGAAGCAGAAAUACCUAAUUGCUAAUAAUGAAAUAUCUUGCAUUGGAAAAGUACCAUAUUUAGAGGCCAUAGUUAUGAAGCAAGAGUAAGUAAUUUCCCCUGGAAAAAAUUGGGAACUCAAGGAAAAGCUUUAUUUUCAUAACAGACCCUGCAGACACUGUUUCAUGCUUGUUUAUCCCUUAGUAUCCUUGCCACUGAUUUGUAACUAUGGCUCCAAAGGUAAAACAACAUCUUCGGGUGUGGACACUGCUUUAUCAUGAGAGGCAGUCAACUGAAAUAUAGCAGAUGCAAAUUUCGGACUUAAAUUCACUUACCAGUUAGUAAUCCUGGUUGGCAAGGCACUUCUUCUUCUUCCAUUGUGAAACAAUGCAAUAGAUGUCUUGUUCAUAAAAGGCCUUGGGCUGAAAUCAAACUGACUGGCAAACAACCUUCACCACUGUGUCCACUGGAAACUUUUUGCCUUUCAGAUGCUUUUCAUUUCAUCAAAGGUAUGGAAAUCACGUGGCCAUAAAUCUGGGCUAUAGGGUGGAUGGUCAAGUACCCAUCGGGUGCAGCCUUUCCAACAGUCAAACUUUUCAUGGAUAAUGGUAUGGACGCUGCUGUGGCUGAUGCCUACAAGAUUGGCAAUUUCAUCUUUUGUUAUGUGACUCUUUACAUAGAUCAGUUUAUCCGCCACUGCACAAUUUUCCACUGUGAUGAUGACAUGGGCUUGCCCUGGUUGGGAUGGCAUUUGCCCAUCACAAUAUCACAUUUAAGCACUUAAGAUUCACAAAAAAACAAUUUUCACCAUACAUGGCAAGCAUUCAAUAAUAAAUUCCUGCUGCACUUUUGACCCCAGCAGUUAUAAGUCACAGCACACUGCUUCUCUUUGGAGGCUUCCAUCUUGUUUAUUUUUGAGAGCUCCCAUUGAUGGCAGGGAAGCCAACUACUUCGAAUGUUGGUAAUCCAUGAGCAGAAAUUAUUUUAAUGGCAUCCCCUAUGCCUCUCUUACCUGACUGCCACUCGUACUUGUUGUUUCCCUAUGUUGCCUUGGGGCAAAAACUUGUCCUUGCUUUAUAGAAAUGAUCCCUGGAAUCUGUAGAUAUGUCAAGGUAAUGUUACCCCAGGAUUAGCUGUGGAACAAAAUGUUGCAGGGUCCUGUGAUAGAAAAGAGGUCAUUUGAUAAUCUAUAGACCCCCUCCAUCUUUUGUACUGUUCACACCAUUGCUACAGAAGGUUUUAGCAAAGGUAGAGAAGACCUGAAGGUAUAAGUGUAUCUCUGCUUCAUGACCCACUGUACUAUAGAACUUUUUACAUUGUAUGGAGAUAAAGGAGUUUGGAAUUUAGAUGAUUUACAUUCAUUCCUUAUUGAAGAAUAUAUAUAUUUACAUAUGGCAUACAAGAGGAGAGAAUACAUGUAAUAAAAUCUAUUUGUUUUAUUUUUUUAUUGUGCAUAUAGAAAUCUGUUGAUAUAUUUAGAAGAAGAGCUGACUUGUUAAAGGAUUUAGGUUUUUUUUUUCUUCAGGAAAAUAGGGCAAACAGAUUAUGAUGACACACAUAUUUUUUUUGUUCUUCCAUGUGAUGAAAGAGAGCUACUAUUAUUUACAUGUGAAAAAAAGUCCCUGGUUUAGAGAUUUUUUUUGGUAAAGUUGUAUCUGCUUUUCACCUUAUGACUGAAAAAUCUUUGUAAAUUUUGUGUUCUUGCUUGAAAACUGUUUUUUUAUUUUAACCUAAGAAAAUUUUAUUUUUUAAAAAGUACCAUUGUCCAAUUAUCCACCUAAAAAAACUCUCCCCAGUCCCCUACAGAUCUCUUCACUUAAUCUGUAUGCACUCUCAACAUAUUCUCAGAAAUUAUCAAAACUACUUUAUUAUUCAUUCAGUAAAAUCUCUUUAACAAAAAACUUGGCGCUUUAACGACAUGUAAUAGCUAAACAAUGUUUAGUUAAGUUUUUUUUUCUCCUUUGAUUUGUUAUAUUUUCUCCUUAAUUUCAUUUAUUCCUUGUUACUCCUGGAGGAGCAGAGGGCCUCGUUUUCUCCUUACUUCUCUCUUCUUUUUUUUUUUUUUCUUUUUUUUUUUAAGUUUAGUUUCUGAUUCUCUUGUCUGUGAAGGACUGUAAAGUCUGUAAUCAAAAGAAUGAUGGCUUGUGUUGAUUUCUCUUGUGUCGUUUAAGCACAAAAUUUGUACAGAUUUUCCAAGUCCUUUAUUUUUCUGACAGUAUUUUUCCUUUAAUUCUUAGCUUUGUUGCAUUAUUAAAGCAUAAUUUCAUGCUCCUUAAUCUUCUCCCUUCUUUAUUUCAUUAUUUUGUCCUUUAUCUCUUUUUGUUUGUCUGUAGGUGUGUGUUUGGAAACGAGCAUGAAUGUGACCUGUGAAAGGGAAGCUAAGAAAGGGAAAUGUACAAAUAUAUUUGACUUUCUUUCUCUCUGUUUUACAUUAGGUUACUAAAAUAGAAUAUUAGCUUGUAAAUUAAUUUAUAUCUACCAUAGCUAUUAACAGUAUUUAUUUUCUGACAUCAAAAUAACACUUUUAUUUCUAUUUGUUACAUUUUCUUGAAAAUGUUUUUUUUUUUUUUAACAAUCAGUAUUUAAAUAAAUACUGGAUUUUACUGAGUUUCCUGUUGUUGCCCUUUGCAUUUUACAUAUUUUUGUGGGUGAUUUUAUUUGUAUUACCUAAAUAGUUUUUUAAAAUAAUUAUUACCCUCCCCAAUGCCAAAUGUGGUCUGCGAUGUAUGAAAUAUAAACGAUUUUUUUUUCUAGUUCAGGUCAACUUCUUCUCUUCUGCCCCUCACCCUAAUAUUACUAUCUUUACUUUGUUGUCUUGUUCACAUAAAAUUUCUUAUUGUUGCCACAUUAAGAAUAGAGUUUUUCUUGACUUGAAUGUGGUUUUUCUUCUUUUUUUUAAAAAAAAAAAUGGUCAUAAUUGUGAAGGUAGUUUUGAUAUGUGUCGUUUUUUGUUUUUUUUUAUACUUGGUUCGUUGAUGUUUGGUUAGAGGAUGUGGUGGCAUUAUGUAAACACAGCUUUUGUUUCCUGUUUCUCAGGAUUGUGCCAAUAUUCUGUGAUUUAGAAGAUAGAGUUUAUUUUAUCCAUGUCAGUUGUCAUGGUAAGAAAAAAGAUGGCUACGUCUCUUUUUUUUGUGUGUGUUCUGUUGUUUCAAACCUAUGAAAUUGCUUCUUCAUUUCUCUCUGCUGGUAUCUUUUGUUCAUCUUCUCUAUUUGCAGACCAUCACAUUCACUUUUGAUAGUGUAACAUUAGGUGAUGGCUGUUACUUUUUGAGUUUUCGGUUUUUGGUAUGUUCUUCUGUUCCCUCCAUUUUAAACCACCUCAACUCUUUUAUGUUUAGGGUUUUUUUUAAGACUUAAGUUUGUGUUCCAAUUCUAAAAAGUGUACUACACGGUAAACUGGCAAAUUUUGAGAAAUCUCGGAUUAAAAUCUGUUCUUUAUGAACUCUUCAAGAGUUAAAUCUACUAGAUACUUCAGAAUCUCCUAUCGCAUACACUUUUUAAUCUGCUGAAAAUGACAAGUAUUUUGCUGAGAGUGUUCUGUCUGCAUGUUUAUAUGCUGAAAGAUAUUUGAAGUAGCAAGUUGGAAAUUGCAGACUGUUGAUUGAAAACCUCUCUUUUUGUCACUGGCAGUUUUUACAUUAUGUUUUGUAUCUAAUGGGUGCAGCCGAACUGUUAAUUAUCUACUGUUUUUGACAAUUUGAUAACCAAAGCAUUCUUUGUCAAAACAGCAAACUUGUCUUCCCAUUCAUUUAAAAUGUAAUAUUUGCAGUCCAAUUGCAAUGUAAAAGAUCUUUCAGUUGAGGUUUCUUUCUCAUCAAAUCUUAUUAUUGUUCAUAAAGAUGUUUUCACAUUCAUAAACAUCUGCUUGACAUCGGUUUGUAAACAUUACAUUACACACUUUUUAGUAUGAUUUUAAUAUAAAUGUAAACAUUGUGCCUUUUAUUUUCACUCCCUCUCUCCUAUUAUGGUAAAUACCCUGUGAAAUGAAUGGUUUUCAUUCAUGUUAUGCAAUGAUCUCUUUUUUUUUUUUUUUUUUUUUUUCAUUAAUGCUGCCAUGAAAGGCUCUCAUGUUUUUCAUUCCAUUUCAGUAAAACUAUUUUUGGAGCAUAUUAUUGAAAUUGGCUGUUAAGCUUUGAAAAAGAUCUCUUGCGGUCUUCGGACAGCACAGCAGAUAUAUUACAGAUAAAUGAAUUUGCUUACGUUGUUCUCACUGCAUUUUGAGGACAAGAAAUAAAUGCUGCAAGGCUGAAAUCCUUGAGCUUAAUUGUCAGAGAUUAUAAUCCUUUAGUUUCAUUAUCUCAGAUAUUGUAAUUCUUGAGUCUUAUUAUCCCAGAAAUUGUAUUUCUUUAGUUUUAUCAUCACAAUAAUUGUAAUUCUUAUGCUAAAAGCUGUGGGUAAGUCUGCACAAUGGCAAAUAGCUACAUAUGUCCUCAGCAAUAAAUUAGGACACUCUAGCCUAAUGGAUCUUAUGUAAGCUUUCCUUGUUAAUUAAACAAAAAAAAUAAGGGGUUAACUUCUUAUACUGUAAUUUGGAUUUGUGUCAGUUUUACAAGCAUUCUUGUAUAUUCAUUGACAUUGUUGUGGAUAUAUUUCUUGACUUUUGAAACUGGCUUAAACAAGAACGUAAUUUCUAAUGAUUUUAAAAAUCUCUUUGAAGGUCUACAAGAGUGUAAAUACUGGUUUCGAGUCACUGGGUUGAGCUCAGGACAAGAAUCUAUUUCCCCAAAUCUGAGAGAAUAAACUGCCUAAUUAACACACUGUCCUAACUUCUUAACCCAGUGGAAAUAGUGUGUCCAUAUGCAAUUAUAAUUUCAUGGGGUUUGACCUCUUUCUGUGUGUGGUAAUGUUUUUAAACAUAGCUUCUGUGCAAUACUAGUCGCUCAGAUUUAGGGAAAUAUCUUCUUACCCAGCCCAGUUAUUUGUAUUCUGACAACACUAAAUGUGUAAUAUAUUCUACGCCUAUUUGAAUUUGAAGGGGUUCUUUUGAGUAAUUAUUCUCUACAGCAUCUGAUCAUUAUUCGUCCGUUUUUUUUUCUUUUGUUUAGGAGGAUUUUGCUUUUGGUUUUCCUACACAUGGCAAAAUUGAUCUGAGCAGCCAUUUUCUAUAGAUCUUACAGAUAAUGCUUUUGUUGAAGACUUUGCUUUGUGUAUCUAAAGGUUAUUGCUUUAGCUAGUACAGCUUGCAGAUUGGCAAAGAUUUUGAAGUAUUGUGCUUUUAUAGUUAGCCAGUCUUGUGAAAAAUUGUGGAUCUGUUUGUUGUCUUCAUUUCUUUUUUCAGCAUAAAGACAAAUUUUAGAGUUGCAGACAGGUACAUUAGUACAAUAUUUUGAUGCAUCUGAACACUGUUUUCGGAGAAAGUGAACAAAAGGCAAGUUUUGUGGUUUAUGGAAUACGAGGUAGUAUCCUUGACAGAACCAGCACUGCAGUCUGCCAAGUUUCUUGGGUCUAUCUUAUAGUUUUUUCUUUGCUGAGCCUAAAUUUUUUUAAUACUUUUGUAUUGCCAUUGACUGGAGAAAGGGGUUAUUCAUAAAUUUGCUGUAACUUCGUGUGCUUUAAUUUUUUAAAGGAAUAUGUUGUAUUUCUUGAUUUCAGAAUUAUUACAUGUCAGAGAUGAG